AGUUCCUCGACUGGUUAUAUUGUUUACAUCAUGUCCCAAAACACCGACGUCUGCAAGUAUUCUUUAUGAUUUAUUAAAAAAGAAGAAAUAAAUAUCGUAAAUAUAUAAUGGAAGUUCUUGAAUUAAAAGACAUAAAAGCUGUACCUGAUAUUAUUCAUCUUUAUCCAAAUAGAGUAAAAUGCGAAGCAACUCCGCUUGUUAUUGACAAUGGAUCGUACAAUUGUAGAGUUGGUUGGGCUACAGAAAAAGAAUGCCAACUAAUAUUUAAAAAUCUUAUUGCAAAACCACGCAAAGAACGUGGAAAAAAGGACGGUGAACCUCAGGUUGGAAAUGACAUAGCUAAUAUCGAAGCUGUUCGAUUUCAAUUAAAAACACAGUUUGAUCGAAACGUGGUUACGCAUUUUGAAGCACAGGAACAAAUAUUUGAUUACACUUUUACUCAUAUGGGAAUAGAUACAGAGGGUGCGGUAAAUCAUCCUAUUAUUUUAACAGAAGCGUUUUUGAAUCCUAAUUAUUCCAGAAACUUGAUGGCUGAACUUUUAUUUGAAUGUUAUAACGUACCUGCGAUAGCAUAUGGUGUGGAUUGCUUAUUUUCUUAUCAGCAUAACAAUUGUCCACCGGAUGGUUUAAUAAUCAGUAUUGGAUAUCACACUACGCACAUAAUACCUAUAUUAGAUGGUAAAGCAGAUCCUGUAAACUCAAGAAGAAUCAAUGUUGGUGGAUAUCACAUUACCUCCUACAUGCACAGGUUGCUUCAACUUAAAUAUCCAGUACAUGUAAAUGCAAUUACACCUAGUCGAGCAGAGGAAUUAAUACAUGAACAUUCGAUGAUAGCUUUAAGUUAUCAAGAUGAAAUUUCUAAAUGGGCAGAUCCAGAUUAUUACGAUACAAAUGUAUUAAGGGUUCAAUUACCCUAUGUUGCUCCUGCAAAUACUCCUGGUCUAACAGUCGAGCAGCAGAAAGAGAGGAAACGCGAAUUAGCUAGAAGAUUAAUGGAAAUCAAUGCCAGGAAAAGAGAAGAGAGAUUAGCAGAAGAUGAAGAACAACUAAAUCAAUUAUUAGCCGUUCAAGAUUUAUUAGAGGAAGGUGAAACGGAUGAAUUUGAUCAAGCGUUAAAAACUUAUUCUCUCGCAAACGAGGCAGAUCUGAUAAAAAUGAUUAAUAAUCUGCAAGCAAAAGUAGAAAGGACCAGACAAAAGAUAGUAGCGGCUAACUCGCAAGAGGAGAAUAUCGCGAUGGAAGAACAAAAACCAAAAAUAAAAUCGAGUUUGCAACCUAAAGAUCAACAAGAUUUUGACGAAUGGAUUGCUGGUGUUCGAAAGAAAAGGCAAGAAAUAUUAGAAAGACGACUAGCAAAAAGACAACGUAGACAAGAUAUGGCGAAACGUAGAACAGCCGCUGCACAGGAAAGAAUGCGCAUAAUAAGCCAAUUGGCGAGAAAAGAAAAACGCGAUGAUGAUUUUGGUAUGAGAGACGAAGAUUGGGAUGUUUAUAAAGUUAUAAAUAGGGAAGGUGGAGAUUCAGACUCGGAGGUAGAACAAGAAAAGCUUAUGGAAUUGGAAGAUGUACUACGACAUCACGAUCCAGAAUUCGAUGGUGCUGGAUCUAACGUUCCUAUGAUUCCUGGAGAAACUCAUCAAUUACACGUAGGGGUAGAACGCUUGAGAGCUCCGGAAAUAUUAUUUCAACCAUCGAUGAUUGGUUCAAUGGAAGCUGGCAUUGCAGAGACAAUCGAUUUCGUUUUGAAGCUUUAUCCGCCCGAACAGCAGUCGCGACUCGUGGGAAAUAUAUUUCUCACGGGUGGGCCGACAAGAUUUCCUGGUUUACUUGAAAGAUUGAAUCGUGAACUUCGUGAAAUACGACCAUUUGGAUCGAGUUUUCGAAUAAAUAUUGCAAAAAAUACCAGCCUAGAUGCAUGGUACGGUGCCAGGGAUUUUGGCUUAAAUGGAAACCUUCCUGAAUUCUUAGUGAGUAAGAAGGAGUACGAGGAAAGAGGUGGUGAAUAUUUUAAAGAACACUUGAGCAGUAAUACUUACACCCGUUCUCCUGAUCCUUUACCUACGAUACAGACUCCUGUGACAUCGGAACAGGUUAUCGUAGAGGAUGCUGUCGUUGACGUUGAAAUGGAGUAAAAGUAUAAUAAAACUAAAGUGAAUAGAAAAUACAGAUGAUAUUUUUUUAUGGAUAUCUACUUUAUUACACAAGUGUUUCCGUUUGUUCAUUCAAUCACGAACAAACUACAUUGUAGUCUGUUUGCUGAUCACAAUGUACAGUUCCCAAUCAUCGCCAUUUUACCAUUCAAAGAUAAUUAUGCGAGUACAUUCUGGUUUUCUUUUUUUAUUCAUCGAGAAUAAUCGACAUCCGCUUGUUUAUCGGCGCUUGUCGAAUAAGCUAAAAAACUGAGAAAGUGAUUCCUCACCCCAGCAAGAGGAUUUACUACAGCGACCUCGAAAAAUCUCUCCUACGUUUCUGUCCAUGGCUUAAGUUAACAUCACAAUACAGUUAAUAUAAUGUAUACAUAUACAUAUAUAUAUAUAUAUUGAAAAAAUAUUACGAAGCCCUACAGGCGAUUAUAUUACAGCUAAUUAUAAGUGAUUCUUGCGUGUUUCACCUAAUAAAGGAACAUACCGUAUGGAAACUCGUUCGUUUCGAACCAUUUCACACGUCACCAACAUACAUAAGAAAAGAAGAAACAAUUGGAUUAGUUUUCUCUUUAUCUUAAACAAAAAAAGAAACGAAAAGAAAAAAUAAUUAUAAUCACAAGCGCACAGCGUUUGUUACGUGUAUUUGUUUAAAGCACUCAAUGACAUUUGUUGCAUUUUUACUUUUACGUGCUCUGUAACUACACUUUUCUCUCUUAUCACAUGCAGUUAUAGGUAAAAUUAGAUAAAAUUACAAACAUUACGACGUAUUACAUAACAAGUACGGAUCAAGAAAAAGUCGAUUCUUGAGUAAUCCUUCGUUCGAACUUUCAUCGAAGAAACGCAACAGAUUCGUGAAUUACGUUAUCUUUCAUAGCAAAUUACUGUGAAAAUUUCGUGUUAGAACGCAUAACAAUACAUAUUGCACUACGUAGCGUGAAGCUCAUUACAAAAUUAAGAUUUACAAAAGUCUGACUAAUACAGACGAUAAUACUUAAAUUCUACGCAACAUUGUAUCGAGCCAUCUCUUUCUUAUUUCUUUUCCAUUCUCUCGAGUUACAAAUAAUUUACAAUAUUGUAUCGUAAUGAGCUUGGUUCUAGGCACAAGGGCCUGCCCAAACAAAAGUUAAAUCACGACACGUACAGACAUAGUUCGAUCCUUCGAAACUAUGCGUAGCCGAUUGAUGCUCUAGGUUUCGUGUAAUACAGCGGAUACUUAAUUUAAAUAAUAUCCUUUUUAACUAUCACAGGCUGAGGUCGCUGCAGUUUCAACAAAUAAUUAACAACAACAUCAACAGUAAGUAGUUGCACUUUGAUCCGAUUUGAAAUUGUUUUAUCAGAAAUAAUC